AAGGGGAUGAGCUACGUUCUGAAGGAGCUGUUCCAGGAGUCUCUGGGAUGAGGCAGGAGGUGUCCCAUGUCUUGGUGUUGCUGACAGACGGCCGGGCCGUGGACGAUGUGGAGCAAACCCUCCAGGAUCGCACAGGCUUAUGGUGUGAGUGUGCUGGCCAUCGGGGUGGCCAAUGCAGACAUGGAUGAGCUGAAGAAGAUAGCGUAUCCAGCCAGCUACCAGAACAUCUUCUACGCCAGGGACUUUGAUGACUUCUCCUCCAUAGAGAGAGAGUUCAUCAGCAACAUCUGCAGCGAGGCGCUGCUCUCCGAGUUCAGACAACACGACGAGUCUGCCCAGCUGGACACUCCAACUGAUGACCCUGAUGAGCUGACCAAACCCCAGGGCCCCUGCCCCUUACAGUGCAAGGGGCAGAAAGGUGAAAAGGGAGGUGGCUCUGGUAAUGGUGGACUGAGACUCCAGCCAAACACUGCGAUGUUUGAGUCAAUUGGCCUCAAGUCCAAAGGAGAGAAAGGAGAGAGAGGACUUCCUGGAACAGAUGGUGUCUCCCGGGUUCCAGGACGACCAGGACGAACCGGACCCCAGGCUCAGCCGGACAACGGGGUUUAGAAGGUGUUACAGGUGAUCUGGGGCCUCCUGGUAUCACUGGUCCAAAAGGCCAGAGAGGAGAG